GUCUGGCAACAGUCGAUAUUAAAACAUGCAGAGGCAGACGAGCUUGGGGCCUUACUGAGAGGAAUGAGACUGCAGCAGAGGGGAGAGGAGAGGGAGAGCUGCCUACUGCAGCCUGCCUGCCACACAGAGUCAGAGACAGAUGACUACUACUAUUAUCACAUGUUAUUUUCCCCCGCUCAGCUACCCGUUGAUUUGUGUAUGAAAACCGAGCGCUUUUCUUUUACUCCUGCAUGCUUGCCCCCCUUCUGGGUUUCUGCUUUUCGAGUGAUCAGCUGAUGAAGAGGCUAGCAGCUCGCCGCUAUGCUGGCUUGCUAAUUCUCUCCCCUCCAGCUGCAGCCGCAGCCCAUCCAGCUACAACCCAUUCUGAUCCACAGAGUCAGACUGCAGACUGCAGCCAGGAGAACGGGGCCUUGGAGGACAUGGAGGAGGACAUCAGCCUAAAGAAACGGAAAGGUGAUCACCAUGGCGACAAAGACUCUGAGUCCCGAGACUCCGGCCAGGAGGCUGGAGGUGAAAAGGUCAAGAAACGCAGAGGUCGACCUCCGGCAAAGAAACUGCCCCCCAACCCUCCCGAGCUCACCAAGCAGCUUAACACACUGGUGGACAUGGUUAUCAACUACAAAGACGGGUUGGGCCGUCAGAUCAGCAAAGGCUUUGUCCAGCUGCCUUCUAGGAAGGAGGUGCCAGAGUACUACGAGUUGAUCCGCAAGCCUGUGGACUUCAGGAGGAUCAGGGAGCGUGUGCGCAAUCACAAGUACCGGAGUGUGGGAGAUCUGGAGAAGGACAUCGUACUGCUGUGUCACAAUGCCCAGACCUUCAACUUGGAAGGAUCUCAGAUAUUUGAGGACUCAAUCGUUCUCAAGUCUGUUUUUGAGAGUGCACGACAGAGGAUCGUCAUUGACGAUGAGGAGAAAAAGGACAGCACUGCCAUCUGUGACGAUGGAGGUCGAGACAAUCACUUUGGUUCAUCAGAAGUGAAAACGGUGACAAAGCAGGUGAAACAGAGGAUGAAGAAAGAAGAGCGGAGCAGAAAGAUGAAGGUCAAGAAGACAGUCUACAGUGAUGUAGACAGCGAUGAGGAUCUGGAGGACAAUACAGCUAAAGAUGAGGGUUGACCUGGAGGACCAAUGCUCGUUAAUUUAUCCUCUUUCUUUCUCUCCGCUGUCACUGUUUUUGCAAUGCAGCUUAUUAGUUCUCACCUUGAUAAAGAUUUGUCUCAUCUCAAGUCAAGAAGGCUACUCAAAGAAAGGAAUUUACAUACCUAAUGAUGUUGGUCCUCAAGUAAUUCAUGCAGCCUUAAACUUUCACGUCUCUUUACUAUUAUUUUGCCUUUUUGUUCUUUGGGAUUUUAUGGUGUUGCUCUCUUGGUCCUCAUAUUGAAGCUAUUGUGUGUAUCCUUAAUGCUUAACCAGAGGUUAUCUCCACCCUCUUUUUUCAUUAAUUGUUUUUGUAUUUGAAAAUGUUAUUACUGUAUGUGUGAAAUGCCUUCAUAUGUCUUGGAGCAUGAUGAUGUAUUUCUGCUAAGACGGAGACCGCCCUCAGAGAGUGGCGCAUGUUGAUGACAUCAAUAUAUGUUGUGUUACAGGUGUGGGAGAUGGCAGAAAAUGGUUGGUCAGUUCUUCAAUAUGACUAGGAUGGACACUACUGGAUUGUUUCAAAUCUCAAAAUGUGUGGAUUUAAAUUGAAAUAUGAUUCUGUAAUAAAACUCCAAAUGGGAGAAUUGUA